AUGGCCAACAGAAAGAAAUUUUUGGCUCUAGGAAUUCUUGCAUUUUUAUGUGCUGACCUAGGCGUUCAAGGUGAAGAAAAAGAAGAAGAACAGACCUGCAGGUUGCUGGGCAAGUUUGAUUUGAACGGCUAUGUAGAUGCCAAAAACCACACACUUGUUAUUGGUGGGCUGUUUCCCAUACACUCCAGGACUAUCCCAGCAAAUGAGUCUAUUUUGGAGCCAGUAUCAGCAAAAUGUGAAGGGUUUAACUUUCGAGGAUUCCGCUGGAUGAAAACCAUGAUUCACACGAUCAAAGAAAUUAAUGAGAGGAAGGAUAUCUUGCCCAAUACCACUCUGGGCUAUCAGAUCUUUGAUACCUGUUUCACCAUCUCCAAAGCCAUGGAGUCAGCUCUGGUCUUCCUUACAGGGCAGGAAGAGAACAAGCCCAAUAUUAGAAAUAGCACUGGAGCGUAUCUAGCAGGAAUUGUUGGAUCAGGUGGAUCGUCCUUAUCGAUUGCUGCUUCAAGAAUUCUAGGGUUGUAUUAUUUACCUCAGGUGGGCUACUUCUCCACCUGCUCAAUUCUUAGUGACAAAUUCCAGUUUCCAUCUUAUAUUCGCACAAUAGCCAGCGAUAAGUUCCAGUCUGAAGCGAUGGUAAAACUUAUCCAACACUUUGGCUGGGUGUGGGUAGGAACUAUUGCGGCUGAUGAUGAUUAUGGUAAAUACGGAGUAAAAGCUUUUAAAGAACAGAUGGAGAGUUCCAAUCUCUGUAUUGCAUUCUCUGAAACCAUCCCCAAAGUCUAUUCCAAUGAGAAAAUGCAGAAAGCUGUUAAAGCUGUGCGGAGUUCCACUGCCAGAGUCAUUGUGCUUUAUGCAUCCGAUAUUGACAUCAGUCCUUUUGUGCUGGAAAUGGUUUACCAUAACAUAAGCGACAGAACAUGGAUAGCGAGCGAAGCAUGGAUCACCUCAGCCCUCAUUGCAAGGCCUGAAUAUUUCCCAUAUUUUGGAGGAAGUAUUGGAUUUGCGAUACCAAGAACUGAUAUACCAGGAUUAAAAGAAUUUCUUUAUGAUGUUCAUCCCAGCAAGGAUCCAAAUGAUGUCCUGACGAUUGAAUUCUGGCAAACUGCAUUUAACUGUACUUGGCCAAACAGUAGUGUUCCCUACAAUGUUGACCAUAGAGUGAACAUGACUGGGAAAGAAGACAGAUUGUACGCCAUGUCUGAUAAAUUCUGUACCGGAGAGGAGAGGUUGGAAGAACUUAGAAAUACCUACUUGGAUGUGUCUCAGCUCAGAAUUACGAACAAUGUCAAACAAGCUGUGUACGCCAUGGCUUACGCCUUGGAUGAACUAAGUAGAUGUGAAGAAGGACAGGGGCCGUUCAUGCCAGAAAACUCUUGUGCAUAUUUACCUGAUUUUGAACCUUGGCAGCUGAUGUACUAUGUGAAGACAGUUAAAUUCAAAACCCAUGAUGGAAAGAAAAUACAAGUUGAUCAAAAUGGAGAUGUGAUUGGAUACUAUGACAUUCUAAAUUGGCAGUUAGAUGAUAAUGGAGAAAUUGCCUUUGUGAAGGUUGGAGAAUAUAAAUUUGCAUCAAAUAAGUUUGAACUUGUUUUCAAGAAGAAUUCAACGAUAUUUUGGAACACCGAGUCAUCAGGGCUUCCCCAUUCAGUGUGUACUGAUGUAUGUCCUCCUGGAACGCGGAAGGGGAUUCGUCAGGGAGAACCGAUAUGCUGCUUUGACUGCAUCCCAUGUGCUGAUGGACAUGUGUCAGAGAGAGCAGGUCAGAGGGAGUGCGACCAGUGUGGUGAAGACUACUGGUCAAAUGAGCAAAAGAGCAUGUGCGUGCUGAAAGAGGUGGAAUUCCUUGCUUACGACGAGGCCCUGGGAUUCACCCUGGUGAUUCUCUCCGUCUUCGGGGCCCUGGUGGUCUUGGCAGUCAUAAUUGUGUAUGUGAUACACAGGCAAACUCCUCUGGUGAAUGCCAACGACCGGGAGCUGAGCUUUCUCAUUCAGGUUUCUCUUCUCAUCACGGUGCUGUCAUCUAUGCUCUUCAUUGGCAAGCCGUACAACUGGUCCUGCAUGGCCCGUCAGGUCACGCUGGCACUGGGCUUUUCUCUUUGCUUAUCUUCCACUCUUGGAAAGACUAUAUCGUUGUUUUUUGCCUACAGAAUUUCCAUAUCCAAAACCCGGUUCACAUCCAUGCGUCCCCUUUUUCGAAAAAUCAUUGUUUUAAUCUCUGUUCUAGUUGAGGUUGGCAUAUGCAUAGCCUACUUGGUGUUACAACCCCCGCGGGUAUACAAGAACAUGGAAUCUCAAAGCAUAAAGAUCAUCUUGGAGUGCAAUGAAGGCUCUAUAGAAUUUUUGUGCUCCAUGUUUGGUAUUGAUGCCUUCCUGGCCUUGCUAUGCUUUCUCACAACUUUUGUGGCUCGUCAGUUGCCAGAUAAUUAUUAUGAAGGAAAAUGCAUCACUUUUGGGAUUCUGGUCCUCUUUAUUGUCUGGAUUUCUUUUGUCCCUGCCUACCUGAGCACCAAAGGCAAAUUCAAAGUGGCUGUGGAGAUAUUUGCAAUCUUGGCAUCCAGCUAUGGUUUGUUAGGUUGCAUAUUUGCUCCCAAGUGCUUCAUUAUUUUGCUGAGGCCAAAGAGGAAUACUGAUGAAACCGUUGGUGGGAGAGUCCCCACCAUAGAUAGGAGUAUCCAGCUGACGUCAGCAUCGGUGAGCAGUGAGCUGAACAAUACCACAGUGUCAGCUGUUCUGGAUGAAUAG